AUGCUUGUCAACAGGCUUGGCGGCAAUGGCGUCUUUGCUUUGGGCCACCUACACCGCGCUGAUCUUCUCUUCUUCUUCCCGGGCUUUGAGUCAGUGCCAAGUGGCUUGGCUUUCGCUGUCACUGCGCCGGGUAGCUACGGUUUCAUCGGUUUGUUCGCCUUGUCUGGCGCACUGGAGCUGGGCCUUUGGACGGAGAGCGACGACAAGGAGCCAGGCAACUUCGGAGACCCAGUGGGAUUCAACCAAUACACUCAGGAAAUGAGGGAGCGAGAACUCAACAACGGCCGCUUCGCGAUGUUUGCGGCUAUUGGUAUCAUUGCAGCCGAGCUGUACACCGGCAAGGAUGCUGUCGAGCAGUUCGGGCUGUGA